AUGGGAAAAGCACCAUGUUGUGAUAAACAUGGAGUGAGGAGGGGAGCUUGGACUCCUGAAGAAGAUGAAGCAUUGGUUCAGUAUAUUAAUAAGCAUGGACAUGGAAGUUGGCGUACACUUCCCAAGCAAGCAGGUCUCCUUCGAUGUGGAAAAAGUUGCCGGCUUAGAUGGAUAAAUUAUCUUCGCCCUGACAUAAAACGGGGCCCAUUUACUACUGAGGAAGAAAAUAAAAUUAUUCAGCUUCAUGGCAUGCUUGGCAACAGGUGGGCUGCUAUAGCAUCCCAAAUUCCAGGAAGAACAGACAAUGAGAUUAAGAACUAUUGGAACACACAACUGAAGAAGCGCCUUCCUAACAAGUUGGGACAUUCCAAAGGGCCACAACAAUACCCUUUCAGUCCUGAUCACAGCAUUGCCAAAUCUGAAUCCCCUUCAACACGCCACAUGGUACAAUGGGAAAGUGCUAGAGUUGAGGCAGAGGCAAGGUUGUCUAUGGAAUCAGCAUUGAUCAAUUCAUGGUCAACAACUGAAACAUACCCUGAUCAUUUUCUUCAACUUUGGCAUUCUGAUGUUGGAAAAUCAUUCCGCAUGAUCAAAGGAAAAGGGGUAGUGUGUCAAAGCCCUUUGUCACAAGCAUCAUCAUCAUCAAAAUUGGAGUCAUGUUCAGAUGUCUCAUUGCAAGCUAAGAACACUGCAAAUAGUGCUAUUGCAAACAAGUCACAUGAACAAGGUAGUGGCUAUAAAGCAAAGCUAGAAGAUGGCACAGCUGGAUCAGAAUCUGGCUAUUAUGAAUUUCUUGAUACUUCUGACUCUGCAUUGAAUCAACUGCUUGAUGUGCCUGACAGUGGAAUAGGAUUCCUAGGACAGAAUGAGAGUUUCCUGAAUACCCUUUAUGGUAGAUGUGACUAAGAUAAGUAACAUAAUA